CCUGACGUCAGCUGGAUGUGGGAUAUUUUCUUCCCAUGCUGCUUGGAACUGACGCAUUCGCAUAUCGGCUCUCUCUGCAGCGACCUUGGACAUCCCAUUAAGAGUGACUACCAAUCAAGAUGGCCGCCGAGCCCCGUACCCAGCAGUGAUGCCAUUCCUCGGCCCGCCCGCCCCCCUCCUGUGCGUCCUGCUGUGGGUGUCGGCGGCCCUGCAGCGUUCCGACAUGCGUCUGGCCUACGUGACCCACAACAGCUUCUUCUGCUACUCGUGCAGCCAGGAGCCCAAGCCCUGCAGCGUGGCGUCGCUGACCGACUGCCGCUGCAAAGACAUCCCGCUCUCGGCGCUGCAUCGCCCCCAGUCGCCGUCCUCGCCCGUUUUCAGCAUGAAGCACUUGACCGUUUGGUAUACAUCGCCUUGGAACACCGCUCGCCUGCUCAACAACUCGGAGGUGAGGCACCUCACGUUGAUGUACUGUGGUCCGGGGGCCUCCAGGGAAAGAGGAACACCCCCUCUGGAGGGACACUUUGCUGUGCAGCACCUGGAGAGGCUGAGCGUCAUCACCUUCCCAAACACGGACGUAGAAAGCGACAACGACCUCCACUUUGACACAAACAGAUACACAAACAUGCACCUGACCCAGGACCCCCACUCAGAAGCAAAGUUCCCUGCGCCCCAGGUACAGGACAUCUUCCUGGGCAGGGAACUGGGGGCGGCGUACCAAGAGCAGGCCCGGCUGGGGAUCAUCCACAGUUCCGUGCUGCAGGGAAACGCAACCGUCAAAGUAUACACGGUCCAGACACACAUCGACAGCGACGGGACGCUGCCCUUCCCUGACCUCUGCUUGCCUAAACUACCAGAAACAUCCGUCAUAUACGUCAGCUUUGUGUACAGGAAGGAGCGACAGGAGGGAUGAUACAGAUCACUCAAUUUACAUGCUUAACAAAUUACAAAUAAAUACAAAAAAAUUGAAAUAUAACAGUAAUAAACUUCACAAUCAACAAUUUCAACAACCACACAAU